AUGGACGACCCACCUGAGCCGCAGCUUCUAAAGGAGGCUGAUAACCUUAAAAGAAGACUUGAAGAGGAAAAAACAAAAUUAAAUGAUGGUGAAAUUACUUUCAUGAGUGAGCAUUUUGAUAUCAUUCCAGCCGUAAACAUCAAAGUGCGGCGUGUUUUAAAAGGUCACCAAGGCAAAGUACUUAGCCUUGCCUGGUCCUUAGACAAACGUCAUGUUGUCAGUUCAUCUCAGGAUGGCAAACUUUUUGUCUGGGAUGCAUUUACGCCGUCGAAGGUAUUACGAUACUUAAAAGUGAUUUUAGGAACUUUGCAUAUCAAUGCCCACAACGUGGGUCAUGGCAUAGGUCUAGAUAACAAAUGCACAAUAUACCCGUUAUUGUCUGAGGAAGAUCCCACUCUUAAAAAGAGGCUCGUCGCUACGCACAGCUCCUAUCUUUCUUGUUGUUUAUUCAAUUUGUCUGAUCAUCAAUUGUUGACUGGAAGUGGCGAUAGCUCCUGCAUUCUGUGGGACGUCGAAUCGGCACAAAUGAUUCAGAGUUUCCAUGGUCACUCGGGUGAUGUUAUGUGCAUCGAUGGGUCGCCUUCAGAGUGUGGAAAGGUCUUUAUUUCUGGAAGUUGUGACCGUUGUGCCAACGUCUGGGACAUGCGCAGUGGCCAGUGUGUCCAGGUUUUUCAGGGCCAUGAAUCAGAUAUUAAUUCUGUUAGAUUCUUUCCAAGUGGGGAUGCCUUUGCAACUGCUUCUGAUGAUGCAACUAUCCGGUUAUUUGAUCUUCGGACGGACCGUGAGCUCUGUGUUUACAAGAAAGACAGCGUCAUUUUCGGGUGUAACGCAGUUGACUUUUCAUUGAGUGGUCGACUGAUAUUCGGCGGCUACAACGACCAUUCUCUCAAUGUUUGGGAUGCUUUAAAAGUAAGAAGGGUCUCCAUCCUCUACGGUCACGAAAAUCGUGUUUCGUCACUUCGUACUAGCCCUGAUGGCAAUGCUAUCUGCACUGGAAGCUGGGACAGCACGUUGCGCGUGCUGGGAAAAAGCACCAAUGGGCGAUUUGCCAUCAGAGCCCCGGGAUAA